GGAAAUGGGAAUCCAAUCCUGCUGGACCCUCCCGGGCCUCUCCCCCAAGCCCUGCGACACCUGCAAGUCGUCGCCGGCUGCAGUCUUCUGCCGCGCCGACUCCGCCUACCUCUGCCUGGCCUGCGACUCCAAGAUCCACUGCGCCAACAAGCUCGCCUCGCGCCACCAGCGCGUCUGGAUGUGUGAGGUCUGCGAGCAGGCCCCCGCCGCCGUCACGUGCAAGGCCGACGCCGCCGCCCUCUGCGUCACGUGCGACGCCGACAUCCACUCCGCCAAUCCCCUCGCGCGCCGCCACGAGCGAUUCCCCGUCGAGCCCUUCCUCGACUCCGCCGAGUCCAUCGCCAAGUCCACCUCCUCCGCCUUCAACGACGCCGUUUCCACCAUUAAAAACGACGACGCUGACUCUCUUCUCAUUCCCAACCUCAAUUUCACCUCCAAGUUCGUUGAUGCCCUCGACAUGAAGCCCGAUAUGUACUUCCCGGAAAUGGAAUCCUUACUCGAAUUCGAUUACCCGAACCCGAUCCAGAACUCCAGCUUGGGUAUGGAUAGCGUGGUUCCGGUCCAACCCGACCCGAUUCCGCCGGCUCCGGUCCUCCACCAACCCUCUCAGGAAAGUUGCUUCGAUAUUGACUUCUGUAGAAGCAAGCUGUCUUCGUCCUUCAGUUACCCAGCUCAAUCAAUCAGCCAAAGCGUGAGAUUAUAUGCUCAAUUUCAAAAAAAAAAUUAUAUGCUCAUUUUCUUUUUAGGUAAAAUUAAAGCCUGAUUUGGAUAUUAUAUACUAAUUAUUUCAGUUUAAUUUUCCGAUUUUCAGGUCUCGUCGUCCUCCUUAGAUGUGGGAGUUGUUCCCGAUGGAAACUCAUUCUCGGAUAUUUCUUAUCCUUUCAUUGCGAACGUGAACCAAAACGGCAUGGACUCCGGCGUACCAGCUCCGGCGACGGUGAGUCAAGCGACACAGCUGACCGGAGUGGACCGGGAGGCGAGAGUGAUGAGGUACAGAGAGAAGAGGAAGAACCGCACGUUCCAGAAGACAAUCCGGUACGCGUCCCGGAAAGCCUACGCGGAAACCCGGCCUAGAAUCAAAGGCCGGUUCGCGAAACGCAGCGAAAGCGAAACGGAGGUGAUGGACCGGAUCUUUAACUCGGCGCCGGGGAGUUAUAUCGCAGACGCGCAAUACGGCGUCGUCCCGACGUUUUGAUUAUGAUAAAUGUUUUAGAAAUGAUGAAUUAUUAGAGUUGUAAUUUGGUAAAAGGGGCUACAGGGGGUUGUGUUUUUUUAUGUGCCUUUUCAGCUGCAUCGCUGAAGCCUACACAGUCUGUAUCUGUCUUCUUCUCUUUUUUUAUAAAAAGAUAACCGAUCUCUUUCCGUGUUCUGAUCGGGUCUAUUUCUCCAUUCC